GCGGGGCGGACGCUCGCGCCCCUCCUUCUCUCCCCGCCUCCGCAUCGCGGCGCGCUCGGGCUCCGGAGCCGUCAUGGGCGCCGCCGCGUGGGCAUCGUCGCCCCUGCUGGUGCGCGUGUCUCUCCUGCUGCUGAUUCUGCCGCUCCCUGGGCUGCCUGCAGGCUCCUGGGACCCGGCCGGUUACCUGCUCUACUGCCCAUGCAUGGGGCGCUUCGGGAACCAGGCUGAUCACUUCUUGGGCUCCCUGGCUUUUGCAAAGCUGUUGAACCGCACCUUGGCUGUACCCCCUUGGAUUGAGUACCAGCAUCACAGGCCUCCCUUCACCAAUCUCCAUGUGUCCUACCAGAAGUACUUCAAGCUGGAGCCCCUCCAGGCUUAUCAUCGCAUUAUCAGCCUGGAGGACUUCAUGGAGAAGCUGGCACCCACUCACUGGCCCCCUGAGAGGCGGGUGGCAUACUGCUUUGAGGUGGCAGCCCAGCGAAGCCCCGAUAAGAAGACAUGCCCCAUGAAGGAAGGAAAUCCCUUUGGCCCAUUUUGGGAUCAGUUUCAUGUGAGUUUCAACAAGUCUGAGCUUUUUUCUGGCAUUUCCUUCAGUGCCUCCUACAAAGACCAGUGGAUCCAGAGAUUUUCUGCAAAGGAACAUCCAGUGCUCGCCCUGCCAGGGGCCCCGGCCCAGUUUCCUGUCCUGGAGGAGCACAGGCCACUCCAGAAGUACAUGGUGUGGUCAGACGAGAUGGUGAGGACGGGAGAGGCCCACAUCCGCACCCACCUCGUCCGACCCUACGUGGGCAUUCAUCUGCGCAUUGGCUCUGACUGGAAGAAUGCCUGCGCCAUGCUGAAGGAUGGGACUGCGGGCUCGCAUUUCAUGGCCUCCCCACAGUGUGUGGGCUACAGCCGCAGCACGGCUGCCCCUCUCACCGUGACCAUGUGCCUCCCUGACCUGAAGGAAAUCAGACGGGCUGUGAAGCUCUGGGUGGACACGCUGAACGCCCAGUCAGUCUACAUCGCCACGGAUUCCGAGAGUUACGUGCCCGAGAUCCAAGAGCUCUUUAAAGAGAAGGUAAAAGUGGUGAGCCUGAAGCCUGAAGUGGCCCAGAUCGACCUGUACAUCCUUGGCCAGGCUGACCACUUUAUUGGCAACUGUGUCUCCUCCUUCACUGCCUUUGUGAAGCGGGAACGGGACCUCCAGGGGAAGCCGUCUUCUUUCUUCGGCAUGGACAAGCCCCCUCAGCUGCGGGAUGAGUUCUGAUCCUGGCUGGCGCACAUAACCGGUCUGAGCUGGUCCCACUUGCCAGGCCUCACAGCCAGCAGUGCUCCCAGCUCUAAUUCCCAAGAGUACAAGCUCUUCUCUCCUGCCAGAGACAGAAAAGCACUGGGGGCUUCUGGAGGAGGACUCCAUCUCCCAGGGUACAGGGCUUUGAGACGUCUAGAGCCGGAGCCUCUCUACUCCCCGUGUGCCUCCUGCUGUUUCUCCUGGGAAUUUCGCACACUGGCAAAGCAGUCCAACCUCUGUCUUUUGGUCUGCCCUGCUCUGAGCACCCUGGGGGGCUAAUCUCUUCAGUGAUUAUUUUUAUAGAGAGAGCAACAGAGAUUCUUAUAGUUUUAA